UUCAUUCCAUUUGGCAUAGUGAAAGUUGUAAUAUCUCGAAGACUUUAGAAACAAUGACCAAUUGGGAGAAAUUAGCAGAUGAUCUUUCGCCUUCACCAUACAUCCUAAUUUCAUCCAAUCCUUAUCUCGAUCAACCUGUUACUCUUUCCGAUUUCAAAAUAUCCCUUCGCACAAUAAUGUUCGGAGAACAAUUGAAAAUCACUAUCCAUAUUUCCGGUCCGGAUAUUCGAGAAAUUCGUCUGUUGUCCCCUAUGAAACAAUUCCUAUACCCUAUACCUACACAUGUCACGUUACAGUUUGUAUGUUGUGCUGGGUGAUCCGUAGAAUAUUGCGAAAAAUGUUGAAAAGUUCGAAAACAAAUUGAGAAAAUAUUUAGGGUGGGAUUGUUCAAAUAUGAGGAGCAGUAACCAUAGGAAUGUCUUUUUAGAUGACCUCUGCAUAAAUGGCUCCAACAAUUCCAGCACCGAAGCUGCUUUUCGAAAAAUUCAAAAACAGUGGACGGCGUUUCUCAUAUGGCGAGUGGAAGAUAUGACACUAACGGCACUUCCGAAAGAGCAAUAUGGUGUAUUCAAUUCCGAAGAGGCUUAUGUUAUCUUUUCUGCAGCGCAGAUUGGACAACCGGCUGGUGUUGAGACCGUUCCGAGGGAAGUGAAAAAUGAAAAAUUAGAAUACCACGUCCAUUUUUGGUUAGGAGCGGACACAACACCGAACAAAUCUGGAGUCGCAGCGUUCAAAACAGUAGAAUUGGACAGCAUUCUGAAUGGCGUGGUCACGCAACAUAGAGAAUCCCAAGAUUACGAAAGUGCUAGAUUCAAGAGUUACUUCAAAAACGGUAUAAGGAUACUGAAGUACCAAUCAAAUGACACAACGAUUUCCUUCCCUAGACUGUUUAGGGUAAGAGGAAAGACUUGUCCAGUGCUUACUGAGAUGGGUGGAAUCUCUUGGAGCCUCUUCAACAGCUCCUAUAUUCUCAUACUGCAAACUAAUAAAUACGUGUUUUUUUGGGUUGGUAGAUCCUCGAACGCUAGCGAAAGAGUGCGUGCCCUCGAGAUAGCGAAGGAGCUGAAUUCUUCAGUGGCAGGUUCGGAACUAGUCAUAAUCAACGACGGCUAUGAAAAAACUUUGGCAGACGACCAUAAGAAGGAAUUCAACAAAGUUAUGCCCUUAGAUAAAAGGGUCAUUCUACCGGAUACAUCUCAUCAGGAAAAUUUGGCAAACACUUCUUACAUUAGACUCUAUAAAUGUUCAGAUAACGAUGGAAAGUAUAGGGUUACAGAAAUAAGGGACGGCCCCCUAAAACAGGAAGAUCUCGAUUUAGAGAGUGUAUUCAUCGUUGAUCAGGGAACCAAUGGUAUAUGGAUAUGGGUGGGGAGUAAAGCACCGGAAAAGGAAAAGACUGUUGCUCUGAGGAACGCUAGGGGGUUCGUUAAAAAGAAAAAGUAUCCUAGUUACACGAAAGUGACCAGGGUAGUGGCAGACUACGAGCCAUAUGAAUUCAAAAUGUUAUUUCCAUACUGGAAUGAUAACACUAAAACGAAAACUAAAGCGAAACCCACCAUAUUAAUACACAAAUUCGACGCUCAAGCUAUGGAAGAUAGACCAGCCCUGGCUGCAGAAACCCAACUCAUUGAUAAUGGCUCGGGUCGUGUCACCGUUUGGAGAAUUGAUAGUCCCAGAGCAACUGAAAUCACCUAUGACAGGCACGGAUAUUUCUUUUCUGGCGAUUGUUACAUAGUUUUAUACACAUAUAACACUAAGAAAGAAAAUCAUCUUCUCUACUAUUGGUUGGGAACACAUGCCACUCAAGAAGAUUUGGAUUGCACCAUCAGGAAACUGUCGGAAAUUGAAGCAGAAUUGGAACGAAUUGGUCUUCAAGCAAGGAUAAUUCAAGGAUAUGAACCAGCACACUUUCUACAGAUAUUCCGAGGGAAAAUGACAAUAUUUCAAGGCAAAGGAUCAAUGUUUGACGCUAAUGGCAAGAAUACAAAGCUUCCCUCGCAGUACCUAAUCAAAGUAUACGGAACAACAAAAUACGAGAGUAAAGCGGAACAAGUACCAAUGAAGUGUUCAUACUUGAAUUCGAAUUACUGUUUUGUACUUGUCAGAGGGAAGAAUUCAUACAUCUGGUGCGGACAGUAUUCCAACGGUGAUCACAGGGAGAUGGCUAAAGCGUUUGUCAAAAAAGAAUUCGAGAUCGUGCUUGAAGGAAAGGAAAAGCAGGAAUUUUUCGAUCUGCUAGGUGGAAAGUCUAACUAUGAUACGACACUGAUGAAAAACGAGUUCGAACCGAAACAAGUGAGGUUAUUCUGCUAUUCGAAUAUCAACGGGACUUUCUUGAUGGAAGAAAUACAUCAGUUCGCUCAAAAAAACUUGAUACCCGAAGAUAUAAUGCUUUUGGACGCGAAUGAGGCUUUGUAUAUAUGGAUUGGAAAUUUGAGCUCGAAGGAAGAUCAGAAAUUGAGCCUGAAAUUAGCCAUAGAUUAUCUGCAAAUGGAUCCAUCAGGAAGAGACAUGAACAUUCCUAUUAUGCACGUUAGGCAAAGCGAAGAACCUCCAACCUUCACUGGUUUCUUUCCAACUUGGAACAAAAAAUUUUGGAAGCAUUACAAAACGUUUUCGAGGCAGAUAAGAGACAUCGAAUCAUCCCAUAACGGGCAUGAUCAGCAUAUAAAUAAUGGAAUAGGACAUUCCAAAGUUGAAGGCGAAUUCGAUCAGUAUGAUAAAUAUCCGCUCGAAGUUCUUCUUGCGCCAAAUGAAAAUUUACCAGCUAGAGUGGAUCCACUGAAGAAAGAACUUCAUUUAACCCACGACGACUUUCUAUCUGUGUUCGAAAUGAAUUAUAAGGAAUUUCAAGAACUUCCUAAAUGGAAGCAACAGGAGAUCAAGAAAAAGGUGAAACUGUUUUAAAAUGUCAUUAAUUUAUAACUUUUCUUUAAAUUCAUGUUUUCAACUGAAAAUUUGU